AUGUUCGCUCCCCUCGAAGCUCCCAUGUUGGAGCUCAACCUGAAAGCUACUAUGGAUGAUUCUUAUACCAAGAAUCCGCAGCCAUACACGUCCCCCGUAAUGGAGGACUAUCAGAGAUACAAGGCCGCGGAACGUCGGUACACCGCCGCAAGAACAACCCUCGCCCGUGCAGAGCCGACUUCUAUCGGUAAUGAUGAACCGGACGCCCUUCCACGUCUACGAGCGGGCGAGCAACUAGCUACCGAUACGUUGCUCGCUUCCAACUCGGUCGCGGCCGCUCGGAGUGGCUUUGACCACAAAUAUUCCACGGCCUACGAGGACCGAGAGGACAAGGCCAACCAUCGGAAAGUUGCCCAAAACUUCCUCCGGAGGUCAUCCGGUACACGGAAGCACCGGGAAACGAUCCGCCAGAAAAUCAAGGACAUUCAGCGCAAACGGCCAGAUGAUGCUGGCUUUUGA